UUGAGUGCAGCAGAUGUUAAGGAACGUUGAGAAAGUUAUUCAUGGCGUCUCCAGCAGUAGUUUGUGGUGGUUUUAUAGCUGUUGCUUUGUUCAUUUUGCAGACGAUUGGGGUGUCAACACAUUACUGGUAUGCAGUAGAAGUAUUGGCCGGGGCAAGCAAGAUUACCAUCGGUCUGUUUAAGAUAUGUGUAGAAAUCACCCUUCUCGGCAUUAGCACCAGUCAGUGCUACACGUACAGUGACUAUCCCACCACACGGACUCUUUUGGGUGCUAACUACUAUGCGAUUGCCGGACUAAGUGUUGUUGGCUGUAUCCUCCUUUUCUCCACUAUCAUCGUCGCUUUCGUUGGGUGUGUCAGAACAAGACCAGAUCGUCCGACUGUCCGAAGCCUGUCCGGUAUCUGGUUUGGUUCUUCCGGAUGUACUAUUGCUGCUGUCGUCUGGUUUUACGUCACCCAAUACAACAAUUCGAAGACACUACUGUCCUUGACCUCUCUUGUAGAGGUCAGCCUUGGCUAUUCCUUCUACCUUGUGGCUAUAGCUGGCGGAAGCACACUUAUUGCCGCCAUUACUUUGUGCGUUGUCGCAAAUAACAUGGAUGUUCCGCAGACCGCCACCCCUGCCGCAGCGGGACCACAGGUGUUUGUUAUGCACGCAGGGGUUCAACAGCAGGGUCCCGCUGUCUAUUCACAGCCUGGCUACAGUCAACCGGGAAAUCCACAGCCUGGCUACGGUCAACCAGGAAAUCCACAGCCAGGUUAUGCACCAAACGGACCCGGUUAUGCGGAACAGCCAAUGGCCAACCCGCCGAAAACACUGAUGUAAAUGUUCUUUCAAUCCGAACUUCCAUCCAAAAUUUAAAAACAAAUGUUAGAAUAUAUGGAACUUCCGAGUGUUGUCAAAGUUUAUUUAGAGAUUUUUCCGUUCGGACUUUUCGCAUUAUUUGGUGUUAUCAAUAAUAACGACACUCUUGAAAUCAAGACAUGUGUACGUUCAGGCAUGCGUAUAAUGAAAAAUCAACAAAUCCUUAAGAAGAAAAUUUCAUCUUUCAGAGUACGUUUGGAUUGUAGAAUAUGAUUGUCAUAACAAUGACAACUGCAAAUAUACGUUCCAUGUUUAUAUAUGUUCCUCCUACCAGAACUGGUAGAUAAACUAGACAAUUGUUGAACACUUACCCUAUAUUUAUCCAGAAUUUAUUUACCUAAAAAGAAGAAUUGUUAAGGCUAAACUAGUUUAGUUUGUUAAUUUUAAACAUACUGAUAUUUGGUAAGAUCUUCUUUGGAGGCACCAUAUUGACUCAUUAAAAAGUAGGUCACACAAUCCCACUGCCGCCAUGGCACCAUACCUAAAAAGUUCGAAAUCGACAUAACUUGAAAACCGUUGAAUGGACAGGGUUCAUGCAAUUAUAUAAUUUGAAGAAUAUCUUUGGGCCUAACAUUAUGCGACACCAUGUUUUUACAAAAUAUGUCUAAUUCAAAAGCUCGCUAAGGGGUCAAGCUCGUCUAUAAAAAAACCUUUUAUUUUUCAUUUUUUGAAAAUUCUGAGUAUGAUGCAGUAUGUCAUUCCGAUGAAUUUGAUGUCUUUAGUUUUUUGGUAAUAUUUGUUGCUAAAGUGGCACGCCAUUUUGAAUAUUUCAUUUAAUAUUUUGGGUGACUGAGAUGACAGUGUACCAGGUUUGUUCAAAUAAUUGACGUUGACUUACAUUCAAGUCCAAAGGAGUCAAAUAGUCUGAAAUAUUUUAACGACUUCUUCUCAAUAAUCAAGAGGCAAGCAUGCUGGGAUGAAUGGCUACUAGGAUUGUUCAAAUGAAUAACCUUGACCUACUCUCAAGGUCACAGGGGUCAAAUAUGCUAAAAUCUCGAACUGACUUUAAGGUUUUAAAGGUAAUUUCUAAUUUUGAAGUUUGUCAAAGGUCUGAAAAGCCCGUCAAAUUGUGCAUGACAAAUUUUAGUAAUAUUUAUUAUUGACGCCCUUUUGUUUGAUGUUUGGGCAGUUAUAGACGUCCUUUUUCGUUAGCAGUAAAUGAAACCCCUUUGGCUAAAUAAUCACCGUGACAUUAUUAUCAACUUUGUGUUUGUUCGUUUUAUUUGAUAAGAAAUAAAUAUAUAUUCAUAUUU